AUGACCAUCACCCAACUUCUGUCCCACACUGCUGGAUUAACAGCGUCCGGCUUUGUGGGCUACCCGGCCCAUAGCGACCAUAUCAAGACCUCGGCGGAAGUUCUCAAGGGAGGGCUGGGUGACGCCAACAGCCCUCCUGUAUACAUACACGGCAUUCCAGGAAUGCAGGCCGAGUACUCUGGUGGGGGCUCUACGAUUCUGCAGGCCAUGCUGGAAAACAUUGCCGGCGAGCUGGGAUUUGCCUCGUAUGCGUCGUUGAUGAAGGCCAAGGUCCUCAGUCCGCUGGGAAUGACACGGUCCUUUUACUGUGAUGCUGGCCCACUUCCACAACACGAAAACAACUACGCGACAGCCUAUCAAAAUGGCACCUACCCUCUUGAAAAUGGGCAAGUCUUUCACGUUCACCCCGAGCAGGGUGCAGCGGGCUUAUGGACGACGUCGCUCGACCUUGUGAAGGGUCUCAUAGGAGUGGCGCACACAGCCUUGGGGACACCGGCCGCGGUAAGGCUGAACGGAAACCCGUGGAUCAGACCCGACGCUGCCCAAGAGAUAUUCAAAAAAAGGUCGGAACUUGCUUAUGAAGAUGACGCUUACUACUGUGGCUUCGAGGUCGAGUUCUUGGACGGCGAGGAUGAGUUUCCUGGGGAUGAGAGGCUCGUGCGCAUCUCGCACGCGGGCAGCAACGAGGGAUACCGUACGGUGAGGGAAGGCGAAGAGGUUGUCAUCAAUGCGAUGGCGUGCAUGACUAACUCCAAUUAUGGCGGCGACCUCUGCGGACCCAUGGUAUGUGCCAUCUCGGAUCUGCUCGACAGUCCUCUGGGGGCAGGGCCCCCAAGUGGUCCAUUCACCGACAGAGCACCCUUCAUUGCCGUGGACCCGAUGCCAUCGGCGCCACCAGCGGGAUGGGCGGCUUAUCAGGGAGAGUGGAGGAUCGAAAACCGGGCUCAGACACUCGAGAUCACGACUGGCCCUGGGCCGUCUAUCGGAGUUGUGUUCAGCCACCUGGAGGGGGUGGUGCUGCCGCUGAUGGCAUGCGCAGCCAGGAAGGGCCCCGAGAUGUUGAGGUUGCGGGUGAGCACGCUCAACGUGACGCUGGAUUUUGCCAAGAAGGGGGCCGAGGCGUCGUUGAGCCUCUGCACGGGCGGCGCGAAGCUCAAGUGCACCCGGGGACGGCUGCUUCCGUGA